AUGAUUAGUGCUGUAUCGGAGAUCUACGCCAAAGGGAGCGGCAACCAAUCGGGCACGCGUGCAGCCUACACGGCCCCUGCACUCCUCAGCGUCUCCGUGUCGCAGUCACACGACCGGAUAACAGCGCUGCCAGAGGCCGACACUUCCGAGUCCCUAGAUCCUCAGACACGUGCGCGGGGGUCGAGCAACAGCAGCCAGUGCGCAUGCGCGUGGGCUGUCAGCGUCCCGCGCGGGGUGCGGGGGCCGCGGCGCCAUGCAGAUCGCCACUCGUGUGCAGCGCGCUCACUGGCGCAGCAGCAGAAACGGCGGCGGCGCGUGUGUGGCGUGUGCUAUCGCGCGUGUGUGACGUUGACGUUGCUGCCGACACCUGGCCGGCUGGUGAGACGCCGGCUGACAGGACCUACCGGCGUUGCUGCGUCCCGGGCCGCUGCUCCCGCGCCACCGUCGUUCCGGUCACAGACAACUUCUGCAACUAUCACCCUAACACUCGCCAACAGUAUCCUGUGCAGGUGUGACAAGAGUCACAACAUUGGACCUACAAACAGCCAAGUCUUGCGCAAGAUUAUCCUGCACAAGCGCUGUUUCAUGCUGGCGUAAGCUUGAACCCAAUCUGGGAGAGAGAUCUGCUUUAGUCAAAGGCCGGCGGCGGCGGCGCCUCCCAGCGGGGAAGCAGCCGGGACAGGACGGCAGGCAGUGCGAGCUGCCGACGCUCCGCGAGAUCUGCGCUCC